CACUUGUAGCUGUACUACUACUUUCUUCAAAAUCAUGGGGUCCACAGUAGUGAAAAGCUGGGUUUUUGUUUCUUAUGUUAAAGUUUGGCUUUUAAUUGUACUGCGCGCAUGUACCUGCACGAAGAAAGGGAAAGCAGGCAGAGGAUCGCCUCUUGCAAGUACCCCGGGGCCAGUACAGUUUUUUGAUAACAGGAGCACCGGCCCGGGUAUCAGAGUAUGAGAUGGAGCAACCUUUAAUUCCCACGGAAUAUAAAUCAACAGGAAAACUGUUCAUGUCUAUCAGUGAUACACAGAACUUAUGUGAAGAGAAUUCCAGUAUACCUGCCAGAGGUCAUAAAUUACAGCAUUUACAACAGACAGAUCAUAAGACAUGUUCUCCCCAGGAAUACUUGGAAAGGUACAUAUUUCCCAUCUUGCUGCCAGGAAUGGCUGAAAUGUUGAUUGAAGCGGAGAAGGAAAAGUGCUUUCAGAGGAGAAGAACAAAAUUCAUUGCCUGUGAUUUCAUCACCCAGUGGCUGUAUAAUAAAAAUCCAAGAAGAAAAGACCAAAACAGUACAACUUUCUUUGAGAUUCCAUUUGUUCAAGAAUGGCUGAAGGAUCAUCCAAGGCCACCAAUUCCUUUAUCCCUACUUCUUUCCGAGGAAGAGGCUGCCCUAAUUAUACAGUCAUUUUGGAGAGGUUAUCGGGUACGUUGUGAUCCCGAAGUCCAAGAAUUACGCCAGUGGCAAAAAGAUCUAAGGGAGAUGAAAAAUAUCAAUAAAAAAGUCCAGGAUUUUUGGGCCAAGCAAGAAUCUAAAGUGGAAAGAGAAGCUAAAGAUCUUGAAGAGAUUCAAUCUAUACCUUAUCCUGCUGGCAUUUCCAUCAGUGUUCUCUCACCCACGCCACAGAAUACAUCCAUCCAAACAUAGAGACUAUAUCAGCAGAUGCUGAGGAUUUCAAGGCAGAAUUCUUUGCUUCAUUAUACCUUCUACAAUAAAGUGGUACAUCAUAGGUACAUAUCUGUGUCAUAUAAAUGCUGACUUAAAAAUAAAUAUUGUAGGAGAGGUUUUAAAGUAAAAAAAUAACAUCUAUUCUUGCAUUCAAUCGACUUUCUUGUUGCUAGGGUCUGUGCCCCUAAAAAUUAAAUAUAUAGGUGUGCACAAUGAGGGGGGACUGAACUACUUCCAAAGCCUAAAGCAGGACAUACAUACCCAGAUACAGCCAGGCAGUUUGGCUCAUUGCCGGCAUAUAUGUCUUGCAGCUUGGCCAGUGUACAGCCACAUAAAGGUCAGAUCUCUGGUCUAUUUAAAGGAAAAUGAAUUGAAGAUAAAACCUACUUUGAUUUUCCUUUUAAAGUCUGCCAUGUAUCAGAUAUUGAUAGACCUGAGCGAAUGUAUAAGUACAAACUGUGCAGCGUGCCUCUUUCCAUUAGUGCUGACGUUUUGCUUUUUUAUCAUUCUCACAUUAAAAUCCCUCAGGACUGAAGUGGUGACUGUAGUUUGCUUAAAAUAGAUCUUUGUCAGCUGCACAAUGUAUUAUUUAAUAAAAUGCUCUUUAAUUUGCUACAAGA